AUGAUCCGGACCCAAUCCUGCGUCCGGGUCACUAUUUUCCCUCCCACCUACGCUUCGCAGCUUCAUGCUCCCUCGCCGCACUCGAGCAUGGCAACACCUAUACCGGGAGUCCAGGUCCAGGACAAUGGAUCCGGCUCUGCCUCUACCACUACUCCCACCUCGACAACAGCAGCCAGCGCCCCUGGCUUUCCCGUACAAAUCACAGAACGGCCGGCACCAGUCGCUAACAUGGCGUCCAACAUGACCACCAUGGUUUUCGAUGGACCGGGUUCGACAGGUAAAGCGGUGAAACGGCCACGACCCGUCAAGAGCUGCAACUCAUGCCGCCAACGCAAGCUGCGCUGCGACCGCACUUGCCCCUGCUCACAGUGCCAGAAGUCCAACCGCGUGUGCAAGUACGCAAACGAGCAUGACGUUGGCCCAGGGUCCGAGGGCUCCGACGUCGAGGCCUCUCCCAGGCCCACCAAGCGCCCAUAUCGCCCGGCCCCACCAUACCCACUGGACGCACAAUCACCACAGCUGCAGACGGGCCCAGGGACCAUGGGAGGGCUGGGACUGGGACUGGGAACGGGAGUGGCAGCGGGAGUGGGGGGCGCUGGGGACCAACAGCAGCAGCAGCCUCGUGGCUUGCCAGGGUCGGUUUUGCUCGAGCAAUUCGGUACACGGCUCGACCGGCUGGAGAAGUUCGUCUUCAGCGCGAGCCCCGCCUCCACCAGUGCCGGCGCUGCACAUGCAGUAGAAUGGGGUCCAUCGCGGAAUCCUUACGCGGCAUAUGCCGCGGUCACGGGGUCGCCGACCACGAUCCGGAGCCUGAGCGUCAAGGGCAACCUGCGGACCCGGUUUUUCGGGCAGAACAGCACUCGGGUGCUGCUGAACCUGUUCGACGAAGCCAGGGAGUUCAUCUUCACGACGUCGAGGGGCGGCGAUAUCAGGAUGCUGUUCGAGCAGCUGCACAAGAUCCACCGCGCCCUGCAGGAGGAGAGCAAGAGGGCGCUGGCGCCCAUUUCGGUGUUCACCGACUCGAUGCUCCCAGUGCAGAAGAGGAUGGCCGACAUUCUGCCGGGCAAGGCCAUCUGCGACCGGCUGCUCGAGGCAUACAUCUCCAUGUCGGAGGGCAUCUACCGCGUCAUACACGUGCCGACCUUCAAGGCCGAGUACGAGGCCUUCUGGGCUCAGACGGGCGUUUCGGACGGCUUUCUGCCGCGCCUGAUGUGCAUGCUGUCACUGGGCGCGCGGUUCGAGACGGAGAAUCGAGGGCUGAGCCGCGACCGCGCAGACGGCAUCAACGCACCCACGGCGUGCGCACUCACGCGGGCAUGGCUGGACGGGCUCAGGGGUAAGCAGCUGGUGGACAUGGACACGCUGCAGUGCGAGGUGCUGCACCUGCACGCGUCGCGCAUGAUGCUGUCGCGCAACCAGGAGUCGUGGGCGCAGCUGGGCUUCAUCGUGCGCAUGGCCAUGACCAUGGGCCUACAUCGCGACCCGGACGAGUUCCCGCAGAUCCGGCCCUUCUACGCCGAGCUACGCCGGCGCCUGUGGUACACCAUAGUCGACAUGGACCUGCACCUCGCCCUGGCCUGCAACCUGCCAGGCGCCGUGCGCGAGGGCGAGUACACGUGCCGGCCGCCCAGCAACCUGGACGACACCGACAUCUUCCCAGACAUGAAGACGCUGCCGCCGUCGCGGCCCAUCGACGAGUAUACCAACACGCAGCUGCAGGCAUACGCCUCACGCACACUGCCGCAUCGCAUCCGCGUGUCGACCAUCAUUAAUCGGCUCGACACGAUCCGCGACUUCCACGAGGUACUGGACUGCGGCACCAAGCUGGAGCAGCUGUUGGACGACGUCAACCACCUGUUCCCGCGGCGCAACCAGACGCUGGACCCGCGGGCCAAGUUCAAGGACUGGCGCAUGCGUGCCUUGCUCGACAUGCAUGUGCGACGGCCCUUGCUGGCCCUGUACCGGCCCUUCGCCCUCAGCACCGUCGAGUGCCCCGCCCACAUCACCACCAGCUACCUCAAGUCGUCCAUGACCAUGCUGACCUACAUGGACGAGCUGGAUCCACGCACCCCAGGCUUCGGCGACGUCAGCCACAUGUACCACGUCGUGCUCAAGCACGACAUCAUGCAGGCCGCCUUCAGCGUGUGCUACUUCAUCAGGUCGGCCAGCGAGGAGCAGCGCCAGCAGCAGCAGCAGCAUCUCGCCCGCCAGCAGCAUCAACUCGCUAGCCACCACCCCCACAACACGACGUCCUCCCCGUCAGCAACCACGAUAAACGGCCAGCUACCGAGCCCGGAAGCGCCCCAUCACGACAGCGCCGGCGGCAUCAGCUUCACCAACGCGCUGGACAACCGCAUGGUGUGGUCGACACAGGGCAUGACGCGCGCGGUGCAGGCGACGCUCGACAGCUUCGCGGGUAUGAUCGAGGGCGACCCGGCCUGCGACCUGCUCAAGGACACGGUCGUGCUGGCUGUCGUGCUGGGGUCCGUGGCGGGCGGCACCGCCGACGAGCGAGCGCGGCGCGUCGCCCGCGGAGUGGCGCGCAUCGUUGACGCGGGCUCUGCUGCGCUGAAUGCCAGCCCUGAGACCAUUGCCAGCAUGCCUGGGCCUGGCUCGGCGGGUAGUGGUGCCGGUGGUUCUGGCGGUGGUUCGGCGAUGGAUGGGCCGUAUGGUUCUGGUGGGGGAUCGGGGUAUAGUCCUACUACUUUCUUUGACGAUUUCUCCUACUGGGACAUGGACCAGUGGGAUCUUGCCACCGUCCCUGUCGGUCUGAGUUGA